AUGGAAGAAUCCAGAGUACUUGAAUCAGCUAUUAAAAGUUGCAAACUUUUAGAGCGUUCUUUAAAUCGAUCCAUCAACGAAGUAAGACGUUUGAAUAUACGCUACAAUGUGGAUUGGCUGAUAGAAAACUAUAAUUCUUAUAUAGCCAAUAUAUGGUCUCAAUAUCACUGCAAAAAGGACGUGACAAACCUAAAGAGUAAAGCAACAAAAUCUAGGAAAUCUACAAAAAAUAAUUUAAAUUUAUCGUCGCGCAGUUCCCAGGAGUUGUGCGGCAAUAAUCGUAAAAUCAAUUAUAAAUUUAUUAAAAUAAAACGUGGCAUGGAGGCCAUGAUGCUGCAGCUGCAGCGCACCAUUGAGAUAGCAAAUCGUCAAAGGAAUUUUAUUCACUUUAAUUUUAAUGGUCAUGAUUCCCAAACGCGUAUAUGUUGUCAUUGA